CACCCCGUCUGCUUCGACACAACGACACAAUGGCUCGCAUCACCCGUUCAGCUGCUCAGGCAGCCUUACUCGCAGCUAAAAAAGACCCUCAACUACUCUCUGAUGCCCCAAAGCCAAAUGGCACCGAAACACCCACCGAAGCGAAACGCAUCCGCAGUCACAGUCAGAAGAACGAACCCAGCGCGAAAAAACAAAAGACAACCAAGUCGAAAACAGAAACCAACGACCUCCCCCAUAAUUUAGGCUCCCUGCCUUCACCCUUAACACCAAAGAGCAACACCGGCAUCAAACGCGAACAGCUGGCCGACCUAGCAACUGACCUCCAAUCCACCGUCGACAGAACCACCGAAACCAUCCACGCUCAACAACAACCCAACCUCCAAAAGCCGAAAAAGAAUACAUACGGCCUAACCCCCGGCUUAACCCCCUUCCCCAGUUACCCCCGCCCAACACCCACCGAAUGCGAACAAGUCGCCCGCCUCCUAACAAGCAUCCACGGCGAGAUAACGCCCCCAACAACCCUCCCUGAACCCUCAUUGACAGUAACCGGCUGCGGCGAGGUCCCCUCCGUGCUCGACGCGCUAAUCCGCACGCUUCUCAGCGGUGCGACGACGGGGAAGAACUCAGCUAUGGCGUUUAAUGGGCUUGUGCAGAAGUUUGGGAUUCUGAAUGAGGGGAUUGGGAAGGGGAGUGUGGAUUGGGAUAAGGUUAGACGGGCAAAGGUUGAGGAUGUGUUUGAGGCGAUUAAAAGGGGUGGAUUGGCGGAUGUGAAGAGUAGGAAUUUGAAAAGGAUCUUGGAUUUGGUGUAUGAGGAGAAUCAGAAACGGAGGGAGAUUCUGACCAACAACCCGGACGACCCAGCACUCAAGUCAGAACCAUCCACCAGCAAAGACUACGAAAUCGCCUGCGCAGAGGAAAACGUUCUAUCUCUCAAUCACCUUCACACCCUCCCCACCCCUACCGUAAUGACCCAUCUAACCAGCUACCCGGGCAUCGGCCCCAAAACUGCCGCCUGCGUGAUCCUCUUCUGCCUCCAACGCCCCUGCUUCGCCGUCGACACACACAUCUUCCGCAUCAGCAAGUGGUUGGGUUGGCUGCCUCCUGACACUGCCAGCAGCAGAGUAAACGAGGUAACCGCGUUUGGGCAUUUGGAAGUGCGGGUGCCGGAUGGUUUGAAGUAUAGUUUGCAUCAGUUGUUGAUCCGGCAUGGGAAGAGUUGUGCGAGGUGUAGGGCUGGGACAGGGAAGGGGGCUGUUGGGUGGAAGGAGGGGUGUGUUAUUGAACAUUUGGUGAGGAGGACGGGGGGGAGGAAGUAGUACAUUUCCUGGAGAGUGCUGGUAGAUAGUAGGGGUUUGGUGAUAUACGGAUGUGAUGUUCUAUAUAUUCUACGGAUGAGCCGAUAUAUCCCAACUUAUUUUUUUUUUUUUUUUGAGUCUCUGAGAUACUAUCAUAAUAGACAAGCUAC